GAGAGUCGCCCGCGCGUGUGCAAAGUCGCUUUAGGAGCAGUUCAGAGGGAACUUCUGCAGACUUGGGAAGUUCAAACGCAAACGCGCACCCUCCGCCUGGCUGCGUGCGCGCGUGCGGUGCCACAUCGGAACGCGGCGGAACGCUCGGACGAGGGAGAACCAUGCUGCUGGUGCUGCUGCAGUUCCUGUCCGUCGCUGCGUCGUCCUCUCUGCGCUGCGACCCAGCGUUUCGAGGAGCGUGCAAACCGACGGUGGAGGAGAAACCCACGUGCACAAGCAUCCUCCUGUCCUACUGCGAGGACAUGGCCUACUCCCAGACCAUCUUCCCCAACAUCAUCGGCCACCGGACGCGCGAGGAGGCCGAGGCCGGCGCCGAGUACCUCCUGCUGAGCGUGGUCGAGUCUCUGCUCGGCGGCGAGUGCAACCCCGAGGUCCGCAUGCUGGGCUGCUCGGUGCUGGCCCCGCGCUGCGAGGCGGGCCGGGCCCUGAAGCCGUGCCGCGGCGUCUGCGAGGCGGUGCAGCGGCGGUGCGGCCGCGCCUUCCAGGCCAUAGACAUGGCCUGGCCCUACUUCAUGGACUGCGAUCGCUUCUUCUUCAGCGAGCAGGAGGGCUGCUACGACCCCCUGGAGGGCCUCUCAGCAGAGCAGAGAGCGGAGGCCGCCGACGUGCUUCCUCCCGACGAUGCGGCGUCAGUGAUCCACUUCGUCCACCACUCCAACGCGCAGAUGAUCAGCGUCCUGAAGAGAACCGAGGAGCGCUGCUCCGACAUCGCCCGGACCUACAGCAUCGGCCGCAGCGCGGACGGCCGGGAGCUGCUCGUCAUCGAGUUCUCCAAUAACCCCGGACGCCACGAGCUGUUGGAGCCGGAGAUGAAGUACGUGGGCAACGUGCACGGGAACGAGGUCCUGGGCCGCCAGCUGCUCAUCUACCUGGCCCAGUACCUGUGCUUGGAGUACCGGCUGGGGAACGAGCGCGUCCAGAGCCUCGUCAACCGCACGCGCAUCCACAUCCUGCCCUCCGUCAACCCCGACGGCUACGAGGUGGCGGCCGCCGGAGUCCAGGACAGUAACUAUGGCGACGAGCAGGAGGGUCUCCGAUACGACACCUCCUCCAUCGGUCGAAACAACGCCCAGAACGUGGACCUGAACAGGAACUUCCCUGAUCUGACCUCCGUCGUUUACAGGCGGCGCAGACAGAAGGGCUACCGCACCGACCACAUCCCAAUCCCAGACUCUUACUGGUUUGGUAAGGUCGCGCCGGAGACGUACGCUGUCAUGAAGUGGAUCCGCUCCGUCCCCUUUGUGCUCUCUGCUGACUUCCACGGUGGAGACCUGGUGGUGUCGUACCCCUACGACGUGUCCAAACACCCGCUGGACCGCAACAUGUUCUCCCCGACGCCGGAUGAUCAGGUGUUUAAGCUUCUUGCAAGAACUUAUGCGAAUGCCCACGGGACAAUGUCCAUUGAGAGUGCACAGUGUGGUUCAUCCCGGGCGUUCAGCCAGAAUGGAACCGUUAACGGUGCACAGUGGUCCAGCUUUGCAGGCGGUAUGCAAGACUUCAACUAUCUGCACACCAACUGCUUUGAGGUGACCGUGGAGCUGGGCUGCGAGCGGUUCCCUCCAGAUGAGGACUUGCUGACAAGCUGGCAUGAAAACCAGGAGGCUCUGAUCAAGUUUGCGGAGCUGGUGAGUAGCGAUUGGACCUGCAGCCCAACCAGUGCAUUUUCACUGUGUGUGUGUGUGUGUGUGUGUGUGUGUGUGUGUGUUGUUCCUCAGGCUCAUCAAGGUAUCAAGGGCAUCGUCAAAGAUGAGGAUGGAAACGGAAUCCAGGGGGCACGAGUAUCAGUCAGAGGGAUACGCCACGACGUUACCACAGCUGAAAAUGGAGACUACUGGCGGCUCCUGACCCCUGGCAUCCACAUCGUCAGCGCCUCGGCUCCGGGCUUCUCCAGGGCCAUGAAGAAGGUCCGCCUGCCUUCUCGCAUGGACUCGGCCGGACGAGUGGACUUUGUGUUGCACAAGUCCGUGGUGGAGCCGGACGUGCAGGAGGAGGCCGAUUCCAUCCCUUCCCUGGGCACGUACGACCGCUUUGACCCGUACAACCAGUACGAGCGCUACGCCACCAUGACCGAUCUGAGCUCCAUCCGCGAGGAGAGAGCAGAGAAGCCAUGGUGGUGGAGCUACUUUGCCUUGCCGGGGAGACCUGCCCCCACCUGGCUGCUGAAACACUACUAGAGCUGCAAGAGUGAAGGCUGUGAUACAUGACGUUCCGCUUCCAUUGGUGUUAUAAUAUACACAACACAUAUUUGUAUUUCAUAGUUAUACGACAAAAAUAAACAACUUGUAGGUUGUCAGA